GCAAUCCAGUUGGGACCCACGACUUGGGAGGCAGCUGCAGCAUUUGCACAACGUUAGCUGAGGUCAAGUGCAGCACUUGCACCAAGACACGUCAAAUGUUCUUUUGAAGCUCCUGUUCUGCACUUUUGUUGGAGGAAAUGGACAUUUCAGCGUGAUGGUGCUUUUGCAAGGACACAUUAGUUCAGUUAGUGCAUAGAAUGCACUAUUUUUCCAUAUGCGGCAGCUGUGCAACUAUGUGAUUGUGAGUGGAAGAUUGUGUGGUGAUCAUCUAAGGAGCGGUGCAUGGUGCAAUGACUCUUGGGUGCAUAUCAUUAAUGGCAGUGUCCUUGUGACCUUCCAUCUGAGUACUGAAGACGGAUACAUGUAAAAAGGUCAGAAGAAUUUUGCAGAGCACUGCUGACAUUGCCAGGCCUCCACUUUAUUGUGGCACUUUCUUAAUCCUCAGGUGCUGAGGAAAUUUAGGAAUGUGCUGCUGCAAGUUGUGAUCAAAGCGUGGUUUUCAUCGAGUAAGCAGACUAUAUAUAAAUCAAGAUCUUCCCCCUACAAGCCUCCUAAAAGAAGUUGCUUGAAGCAUGUUUUGGUUACGGCAGCACAUUUUUCCGCUGGCUGAAAGCUUUCAGGACAGGGAGAGAAGCCCUGGGGCAGAGUCAUUUCGGUCAGCACUUUCAGAUGGUGCAGAGUCAUUCUACUCUGCACUGUCUGAUCAUAGAAGCAGUGUCUACUAUGAUGCAGAGUCAUCAGACCUUAAUUCUUCUGAUUCUGACUCCAGAUAUGCUGAUGUAGAUGAGGAGCCCUGUCCAGAAGAGAUGCCAGCAGUUGUGACUGAAUUUGAGGAAGCUGUCACCAAAGAGAGCACACUUGAUGAAGCUUAUGAAAGCUUUAGCUAUGGAAAGUUAUUUGAAGAUGUGUAUGGGACUGUUGUUCAUAGACCACCACUACUGAAAUGUCAGCAAAAGCGUCAAGACAACAAAAAUGAGAAGCAGCCACCACGAAGGUGGCGUCCACUCCCUCGGAUUCCUGUAAAAUCAGAUUUGCCACAAGAGAAUUUAGUAACAUGGGCCAGCAGUGAAGUGCCAGCUCAUCAUGAGUUGCUGCCUACAGAGUCAAGUUGUUACAUGAACCAAGAGCAAGAUGGGCAAGAAAUGAAUGAUGAUGAACUUGGAAAUGAAAUGCAAGAAGAGAGUAUUCCAUCUUCAUUUUUUUACCUUGAGCAAGCAGCUGAGGAAUUUGCAGAGUUUAUUGUAGAAGAAGCAAAACACGACGCUUGCAGAUCUUUAGCAAAGACCUCUACAUUAGGAAACAAAAAAAUAAUGGCAAAGCUUGGCUUGGAUAACUUGUCAAAUGAUGGUGCUUGUAAAACUCAUGUGCUGGAUCAUUCUGUGAUUCAUGCCAGUGAUACUACUUUACAUCCAGUGACAUCAGAGGACCGGGAUAUUCUUGAUGCUUUCAACAGGCAGUUUGAACCUUGCUUUGAUUCAGAAGAAGAACCUGACAGUCAAGCAUUUGAAAAUGCCUCAGAGGAAGAGGCUGACUGCAUGGAAUAUGCAGACUUAGAUGAAAAGGGACUUUUGAAUAGGAAUGCCCUGCUUGGCACAUUUAAGCGAUUUCCGCAGCCUGCAUUAGACAGCAAUCAUGAGCACUCGUUUUCAGAUAGCUCACGAACUGGUCGAAGUUCAAGACAUCGCCCUACGUCAGUUCUACCUACAACUAGUUCAGCUAGUGAGCUCACUGAUAAAUACUGGAGACGUUACAGUUCAGAUACAGCUGAUACUGCUGCAGCACAGUACAAGAGACUUGACUCAGUGGAGAAAAAUUUUCUGAGCAGUGAUCCAGACAUUAGUAAAUAUUCACAUUUAAACCUUUCAAAUGGUCAUGCAGAUAGCACUAUGAUCUCUGUACCAGAUACAACUGCAAAUGUUUCUAGCUAUGUUGAACCUGUAGAGGAAGAACCUGAUUCUUUAAAAGAUUCAAAUGCACAUGUGCAAGCUCGAUGCCUCCCUGUGACAUAUUCCAACAGGUUACUUGCGGAAGGCCCGUCAGAGUUGUACCCAUCAUGCGAACUUUUUCAUGAAAACAGAAGUAGUGUGUUUUCUUCAGCACAAGAAAAUGACAGUGCCCUGUUGAAUGAGCAGCCAAAACCAUCACAUCAUUCUCCUCGCCACAGUAAUGCAACACCACCUUCUCUGCUGGAGGAGCAGCCAAAACCACCACCUCGCUCUCCUCGCCACAGUAAUGUGCCACCUCCUUCUCUAUUGGAAGAGCCACCAAAACCACCACCUCGCUCCCCUCGCCACAGUAAUAUAACACCACCUUCCCAGUAUCUGCAGAUUUCACCUGAAGCUGCUGAUGUGCAUCAAGGCUCUCCCUUGAAAGGGAACGCGCAGGUUGACCAUCAAGUUGAUCCAGAAAGUGGCCUAUGCGUAAAAAAUCGUUUGGAAGUACCUGCAAGGCGCAGAAGGGCCCCACUGGGACUUCAGGCAUCUGAAGGCAUUCUCCUAGAUGGCAAUGCUCCACAAAAAGAAACCAGUAUGUGUGCAGUUGGCCAUCAAUGUUCAGAGGACAGUGAUACUUUCACUAAGCAGGGUGGUAAGGAAGAACUAGUUGGCCAAGAUAGGCCUCAGACAUUUGGAGAAGAAUUUCAGCAUGGAGAAAUGUGUUAUGAAAGUGACGAGGACAGCAGUCUGUCAUCUUGCGAAGAUUCUGGGACUGAUGAAGAGACUUCAACAAAAGAAAUUCGAAAACAGUCAACAUUUCACGGCUCAAAGCAUGAUGAGGAACCUCCCACAAAAGAAAUUUUGAGGCUUCCUUUUUCUUUAUCAGAAUUGUCAAGACAUCUAUUUGAAGAUGACUCCCCUUUGGAUGUCGUCUCCUUCAAUGUUGUUGAGAACUGUGAUUUUCUUAACGAUUCUUGCUCCGGGAGUGCACCAUACAUGAUGAAACUUGGACCUAACGAUGACCUUUCAGCAUUUUUAGUUGACCCAGGCACAAAUGAGCAUCCUGAGGUGCAUGACAGUGAUAUUGACAGUGUAUUUGAAGACACUACAUUUGAACCGUUUUAUGAUUGUAACUUAGACAGUGUUCAUUCUGGUUGUCUGCCUUCGACUGAAAAUCAUGCAAAGUGUGAUGAAGAUGUCGAAAAUCGGCAGUCAUUAGGAAGCCAGCAAGACUUGACAAAAUCAGUUUUUGAUGUUCCCACACGUCCACUGAGAAAACGGGCUUACCCUUCACUCAAAAACAAAGAGUCACCAGUGAGCAGCAUGGAUGUACAGUUACAAGAUAAUAUAGAGCCAGAACUUACGUGCAGUGACACAGCUUCAUCAGAGGAAAUGGCUAGCAUGGUGACAGCAAAUAUUCCUUGUGUUUCACAAGGCACUGACGCGUCACAUAUACAGCACAUGGGAGAGAGUCAGAACAGUAUGUACAUGAGAGUAGUGACAUCUCAAGAGCACAGUGUUUUAGAAGCUGAUGUUCAUGGCCAGGCCGACACAUUUGAGGCAGAGGCGAGUGGCAACGAGAGGAAUGCUGCUGCUGCUGCUGCUGCUACUACUUUAUCAGGCUCUGUUGCCUCCUCACCUCUGCCAACUUCCUGCUCUUAUCAGGCAGUUCCCCAGGCAGGGGUUGAGUGUGAUAAGCUGCCACGCCUGGAAAACACAAGUGGAGAUAGCUUCUUUGGAAGAGCUUCAGUGAAUGCAGACUGUUCAUAUGGCAGCACGUUUCAAAAGUGUGUGAAGGAAGAAAGUGACAAAAUGGUGAUGCAGGAGGUGAAACUUAUUGAAGAAGCGCCUCUAGAACUACUUAAAGAUGCCGUCUUCGAAGAGUACACUGACUUUGCUGAAGACAAACAGAAACAUGGUGGGAGCUCUAGAGUACUGUCACAGACAACUAGUGAUGCUGUUAAUCACGUCAACCCUUUGUAUGAAAAAUGCCAAGCUUUUAACAACCAGACUGAACCAAAGGCCCCAGGAGAAUGUCAGCCAUCUUUGGACAAAGGCAACAGCACCAAACGUCGCCAUGUUCAUGUGCUGGGCCGUACUCAAGAUGCAGUGACAGAAUUGUGUAAAGUUAAACGAGGAAUACAGGGACACCAUAAUUCAUGCUACUUAGAUGCCACACUUUUUGCCAUGUUUUCGUGCACUUACAUCUUCGAUGAUAUUCUCAAUCGGGAACAUCAACCCAAUGACAUCGACGGAUAUGAUCGCAUCCAGAAAGUGCUGCGUGACGACAUUGUUAACACUCUUCGCAGCGAUCUUUAUGUGCCUAGUGAAAAUGUGAUGAGGCUUCGAGAGCUCCUCGACUCUUUGGGAGGUGUGUCGGGACUCACUACUGAGGAGAAAGAUCCUGAAGAGUUUCUAAAUUCCCUGUUCUCUGCACUAAAGGUGCAGCCUUUCUUAAAGCUAAGCUCUCAACAGGAGACACACCUUUAUCAGCUGUUUGUUGCUAAAAAUGAGCUACUGGAAAUUCCUACUGUGCAGCAGCUCUUCCACCAGUCCAUUCAUGAAUCCAAGCUAAAGCUCAAGGAGAUUCCAAAAGCAUUAAUCAUUCAGAUGCCUCGUUGUGGCAAGCAGUUUAAGCUGUAUGACCACAUUGUGCCGAGCCUGAAGUUGGACAUUACAGAUGCCUUGGAAAAUUCACCCAGGUUUUGCUAUGUCUGUGGCAGACAGGCUACACAAGAGUGUUGGAAUUGCUUCCGACCAGAUGUUGGUCUUGAAUGCACAAGUUACUGUGAUAGCUGCAACAAAACGGUUCAUCAACACCAAGACCGAGAUGGCCAUAAGCAGACUGCUUUGAGUAAUGACCGUUUUGGGGAGGAUGCUCAGCCCCGCAGACAGGUUAUGACCCUGUUUGCAGUUGUCUGCAUUGAAACAAGCCACUAUGUCUGCUUUGUCAAGUGUCCUGUGGAGGACGGCAAGAACACGCACACCUGGUGCUUUUUUGACAGUAUGGCUGACCGUGAGGGAGGAGAGGAUGGGCACAACAUCCCCAAAGUGGAUAAAUACCUGGAGGCUGACACCUGGUUUGGACAAAAAGGCCUAGAAAAAUUACGUGACAUGGCUCGGCCUGAUAAGACCAAGCUACUUCCUGGCAUGACACGCAGGUUGCUUUGUGAUGCCUACUUGUGCAUGUAUCAGGACGAAUUUGUUAAGAAGUACAAAUGAUGCAUACUGGUUAGGCUUCAGAAGACAGCAGUCACGUGCAAGAGGCAUGUUUGUGCAUUGUGAAGAGUUGAAUGAUUCAAUAUCGUAACUAUUAAAUGAUUUUAAAACUGC